CUCUCACCAUCCCAAUUUCCAACACCAAUCUAGAACAUGCACCUAGACUCAUCCGAACACUCUUGGUUUUACGAUACAAUAUUAUCAAAAAGAUUGAGAAGUUUAAGGAGUUUGAAAGGGAAAGUCAACAACGCAUUGUGAAGCCUAGAAUCAAGUAUGCAACUGGGGUUACACCGGGACGAUCUAGAGUUGUUACCUUUUCACAAUUCUUACCAAUAGUAUUAAAAGAGAAUAGUGAA